CCAAGUGGCUCAGAAUCCACUGAGGGAAAGAAGGGAAGCGGAGGAGAGCAGCAGCCUGUCGGUGUCAGAAUCAGUCACUUUGGAGCGCUUCCAGUGAGCAGAGGAGGAUGAUCGACAGCCUCUCUGGUGAACUCUCACAGGGCUGACCGGCCAACUCACACUGAUCAUCUCUGACUGAUUAUCUUUGUUUCCUACGACUCUCCAGCAACAUGAGCUCCUCAUCAGCCAACGUUCACAACAAACGCCUACCCUCGGAGACCGAGCGUGGCCAGAGGCUCCCAGAUGUAGACGCAGCACAGCAGCUCAAGUUGAGAGAGAGACAGCGUUUCUUCGAGGAGGUCUUCCAGCAUGAUGUGGACGUCUACCUAUCCUCGGCACACCUUUGCAUUCGAGACUAUAAGAGACCUCCAAUUGGUAGCAUCUCUUCCAUGGAGGUGAAUGUGGACUUCCUGGAUCAGAUGGAGCUGAUUGACAUCUCUGACCAGGAGGCUUUAGAUGUCUUCUUCAGCUCUGGGGGAGAAGAGGGCGUGCUGGCCUCCCCACUGCCAGUCCAAGGAAACAACAACAACGAGGAAGUAAUCAGUAAUGGGCUCUUUCGACAUGUCCUUGAGGGUCUUGAUGCCAAGUCCCGCAUGUCCUCCACAUCUUCAAACUCCUCCUCUGACAGUCAGAACCCCACUGCCAACGGAGGAGACACCCCUGUAGUCAGGUCAGACGAUGAUGAAACGCACACAAGCACAGUUAAGCGAAGAGCUGCGCCUCCAGAGGUAGAGAAGGUGAAAAGUCAGACUCCACCAUUGUCUUCGUAGGACACACCCUCUCCACAAUAGAUCUCCACCUGCAGCUUGGUAAUUGACACCUCGGUCAGGGGGCGAAGAGUGGACUUUGGGAUGCCAGCUAUUGAAAGACGCCUCUCAGCUGCAAAGUUCUUCCACACACUGGCUCUUCACUGCUUUCAACUUUACCUUUGAUUUAUGAGUUGCAGGUUGGGUUCUAUGUGUGUUUUGGAGGACGGGACCGUGAACUGUAAAUAUGGAGAUUUCCUAUUAAUUCUUUCCAUUCUUGUUUUGGCAUGUUUUGAAGGACAAUAUUUGCUCCUGUUUUGACCUCACAGGACUUUUCAUGAACGGUGAAUUUUGUACAGUAUUAACGCAACCCAGGACGGCAAAGCAGUGAUUGGAAUAAUAAAAAUACAACUGAAUGAACUAUGUCUUAUGGUAAAUUUGACAAUAGAAGGCUUCAGAUUAAUAAAUGUACUGUUCAUGAAAGAAACACUUUGUCCUGCCAAUGCAAAUUCUCUGUUUUCUAGCUCUAAUUUUAAAUGAAUCUCUCACAAGAUGUCUUUGUUUUCACAAUAAAGGAAGAGAGGAAAAUG